GUCACCAAAAAAGCCGAUUUACCCUGAAAGAAUCUUCAAAGGCUUUUUCUGCUUGAGUGGUCAAGGGGGUUUGGCUAACGCUGCCGCGAAGGCGGUGCUUAUGGACGGCUUAGGAGCGCCCAUCCAAGCGUCACACCGAACAAGGAAAUAAUCGCGGGUAUAGAGACUGUGUUAUUAUGUAGCCACCAACAAAACCUCUUUCUAUUAUGACGGGACCAGAGUCUGCGGGAGGCUGUCUGGGGGAAAGUUCUCCGGUGACAUUCGGACAAACCAAGCGUGAAAAAGCAGACUGCUCGUUCUCUGUUGCCUUUUACUUUGUGCCUACAAUUAACUGCACACGACAAAUAACGAACAAGUUCAUUGCCUGUGGUGCGUUCGUUUAGUUGUCAAAUCGUUUAAAAACUUGACCCGUUCACAGCAAAAGUAAACGUUGGUAACUUGUUCGUAAACUGGUAGACAAUGGAGAAGAAAGGCCAAGGAGGAGUCAAUCAGCUGGGGGGUAUGUUUGCCAACGGACGCCCCUUACCGAUGUACAUCAGGAACCGUAUCUUAGAGUUAGCGCACCUCGGUCUCCGUCCGUGCGACAUCUCCCGUCAGCUUCUGGUCUCCCACGGCUGCGUCAGCAAGAUCCUGAGCCGCUUCGCCGAGACAGGCUCCAUCCUUCCCGGUGCCAUCGGCGGCAGCAAGCCCCGGGUGUCCACCCCGUCCGUGGUAAGCUCCAUUGCACGCUACAAGGAGAUCAACUCUUCCAUGUUCGCCUGGGAGAUCCGGGAGCGGUUGCUGGCCGACGGGGUCUGCACGGAGGAGAACCUGCCCAGCGUCAGCUCCAUCAAUCGAAUCUUGAGGAACGUCUGCCGUGAUGGACCGGAGGGGGAUCCCGCACCGACCGGCAGUGAGGCAGGCGAGGCCGGUGAUCGGUGGGGGCGGCGACUCCCAUCCCCCGGCUGCACCAAGAAGGAUACCAGCGUCAAGACGGAGGUGCGGGACGACCCCAAAUCUUCACCGGGCCAGGCAAGGCACUCCACCUCGUUCGCCAUGGACGAUAUAUUGGGGACAAGGGGGAAGAAGAGGUCACAUGAAUGCGAGAAUGGGACGCCAGUUGUUCGUGGAGAGGAUAGUGGUGUUGAUAGAAUCAGAAAAGACACCAAGAGACAGCGGAAAAGCAAGAAGGUUCACACCGAGUCCCAACACCACGGCUGCGGCUACCAACCUCUCAGCAUCAGAGAUGAGUGGCAACGUGUUACAAUGACGAGCAGUACCGCCCUCAACGACAAGAUAGAGCACAGUCCAGAGGUUCCAGCCAUGCUACCGGCUUUUCUGCCCGCAUUUCCCGCCUUCCCGCACCCGAUGGACGCCUCCAGCCAUUUGUGGAAUCUCGCCCUCUUUAGGAGCUUCGCCUUUGCGCAGGCUCAGCAGGCCUCGAUUCAAGCCAAUCCAAAGGCACUCCGUGCUCAUCAACAUCAUGCAUCACUGGUCCUGUCUGGACACGGUGCGCCCUCAGCCGUCGUGUCUAACCGUCUUCCCUUUUUACCGCCUCAUCCAAUCAAGAGACCCGUUCCUCCUGCCAUGGCGGGUCACCAUUAUGACGUCACUGGAGGAAGCAUACCCGGAUUUUCUGCGCUGAGAUUCAAAACAGCCCACAUCAAGAAUGAGGCUGAUUGAGUGGCCAGCCUCACCAACGACUGAAUUUUUACCGAACAGUUGUCUCAAUUUUUGAGUGUCAAAACAUCUGUACAUGCAUUAUAAAAAAAAGUAAUAGGCUAUAAAUACAUGAAGCAGUUUGGAACUGUUUGUAAGACUUUUGUGGAUUUAACAUGUUUGUUUCAAGAAGUGCCAACUUGAGAAUAAACUAUGUAAAUGUUUAUUAAAUGA